AUGAUGUUGCCCUCUUCGGUGCGGCGUGUGGUCUCCGCUGCACCUCAAUCAUCACUACUAUCUAACUUGUCCUCCUCGAGCCCUCGAGCGCCAGCCGCUCUAGCCCUCUGUUGUAAUACGAAUAGUCAGCAGCGAAGACGUUAUUCAUCCUCGAAGCCUUCGAGCCCUAACGACUCUCCCAAGGGGAUUCCAGAUGGUCAGGUUACCGCUUCACCGUCUCAGUCUUCAAAACAAAGCGGAGAGAAGCGCAGGCGCAAGACCAAAGAAUGGAUGGAUAUUCAGCAAAAACUCCCCAGUGUUCCUAGCACACAACAUGUUCCGCAAGAAGCUCUCGCCCUAUCGACAUUCUUCUCUCUGCAUCGACCUAUGUCCGUAACCCAUAGCUUCCCUAAGACCAUCACCGACGAUGCGUUUGCGCAAAUCUUUACCCCUCGCACAAAGAACAACAAGUAUGCCGAUGUCAUGUCUACGCUAUCUAGGACCGUCGAUGAGCUAGAACAGCCUAUGCAAAACCUGGAUCUAGAUGGCCAACAAAGUGGCGAAACUAUUACGGAUCAUAACGGCGAACUAACGCACAAGAUCGAUCUCAAACACCCGGACGGUACCGAAUCGAGCGUCUAUGUCCAACUCAAUGCCAUGUCUGGUCAAUUUCUGCCAUUUAGACCUCCCCCCCUGCCUCAAAACGAGGCUGCCGCUGAGGCGGAGACCGCUCACGAGGAAGUGGAGGAUCUACCGCAGCAUCGUGUCUACAAGGCCAUGUUCACGCUCGAGGAGACUACAGAUGAGAAUGGUCAGAUACGAAUCGUAGCGCAUAGCCCUGAGGUGGUUGAAGAACCAUCGGCACCGAAAACAUUCCUCGAGCGUAUGGCUCUUCGCCAGAUUCGGUGGCGUGAGGAAGUUCGCGGCCAGAGUCCCGACAUGCAUGCUAUCAGCGUCCGUAGGCAAAGGAAGCUAAAGAUGAAGAAGAAGAAGUACAAGAAGCUCAUGAAGCGGACGCGAAACGUUCGACGGAAACUAGAUCGGGUCUAA